UUUGCAUCAUAGUCACUAAACCACCCUGGAAUGCCAACACUAGAAUGUUUUUACUAGCUUUCUCCAAAAUCACAUCUAUGCUGGGUUCUCAAGAUUACAUCUUAUACACCUCAGUGCACAUGUAUUGUUAUGUUAAAUUUGUUUUAAAUUAAUUGUAGUGAUGGUAUUUGUACUGCUUGCAGCGUAGAAAAUUAUCAAAGAUAGGCAACAACUAUCGACUUCUUCACAACGAGCAGAAAAAUGGAAAACACAGAGCUGGCAAGUGAAGUGGAAGCAAUGGCGGAUGCUGAAGAACAAGAUCAAGCUUAUGACCAAAGUAUACCAGCUCCUGAAAGGACAAGUCAAAGCAGGUGGUGGGUUUCAAUGAGUUCAAAACAACGAGAUAAUUAUUUAGCACGACGACGAGCCAAUUAUCAUCGUCAUCGGGGGCAAACAUCAAAUCAUGAGGGUAAUACCCGUGUUUCAAAGAGAAUGCGCUUAAGCCAUAUAUGUCAAAUGAGUGAUAAUGUAGCUGAUCGAAACGCUACAAACAAUGAUGAUGACAUAGUAGUCAAUGAAGAAACUUUUGAAAAUGUCGUUCCUCAAAAUGACAUGCCCGGUAGUAGCAGUGUUGCAAAAGCAUGUGAUAGACCUAGACGAUGCAAAUCUCAUAAUUGUGCUCGGAAUUUUCAUGAAAAUAUUGGAAUGAGAAAAUAUCAUUUGCCAACACCAAAGACAUGUCCACAUUGUCAUGCUCGCUUGUUUCAUCAUGAGAGCAAAGAUAUGUGUUGCUUAAAUGGGAAAAUUGUCAUUCUCUAGUUCAAUCUCCUCCCGAAAUGAUCGAGUUAUUUUCCGCUCAAACUCCACAAGGCUCCCAUUUUAGACAAAAUAUUCGUGCCUAUAACCAUAUAUUUUCGUUCACAUCAAUGGGUGUACAUAUCGAUGAAAAUUUAGAGACCGGUGGUAGUACAUUCACUUUUCGAGCUCAAGGAUCUAUAUAUCAUAAGAUAGGAAGUCUUCUACCAGAUGGGGAUAAUAGACCAAGAUUUCUACAAUUGUAUAUAUAUGACACAGAUCAUGAAGUAGACAAUCGUAUGUUAGAGAAUGAAGCAUUGCAUAGAGAUGUGGUUGAAACCAUACAACAAAUUUUGAAUCAACAUAAUCCAUUUGUGCAAACAUUUCAUCAUCUAGCUUAACGCCAAGAUUUGAAAACUUACAGA